AUGGAUUGUUGUUAUUUUAUUCACCAUCGACACUUGGUAUUGUGUGCACUUUUUGGGCUUUCCCUAAUCUCUGCACAACAGAUUCAUGGAUUACAAAGCCUGAGCUUAGGAGAUUCCCUCACACCGGAAAGAAAUCAAACUGUCCUACAGUCUCCGGAUGGCACAUUUUCCGCUGGGUUUUAUGCUGUUGGCAUCAACGCCUAUAGUUUUGCAAUAUGGUAUUCUCAAACUUGCUUCCCGUAUACAGUUGUUUGGAUGGCCAAUAGGGACCGACCUGUCAACGGCAAGGAUUCCCGUCUUCGUCUUCAGAAGGACGGAAACUUCGUACUUUUGGAUGUAGAUGGAAGCGCUGUAUGGACAACGAACACCAGAGGUCUUGAUGUGACGGAAGCGGAGCUUCUACCUGCGGGGAAUCUUGUCCUACUCGGCUCUACCGGACAAAUAAUUUGGCAAAGCUUCGAUUCGCCUACUGAUACCCUUCUUCCCAAGCAGUUCUUCACAAAGAACACACAGCUCAUUUCCAGAAUGGGAUCGGAAAACUACAGGUCUGGCUACUAUCGUCUAUAUUUCAGCGAUGACAACUAUCUCGGGCUCAUUUACGAAGGGUUGAAUGUCUCCAGCAAGUAUUGGCCUGAUCCAUGGAACACUCCAGCUGAUAACGGCAGAAACACUUUUAAUAUUACUCGCAUAGCAGUUCUAGACGGAUCUGGUGGUUUCAGCUCAAGCGAUCAGUUUAGUUUUAAUGCUUGGGACUAUGGUGAAGGUCCCCUCAGAAGAUUGACUCUGGAUAUUGACGGUAACCUGAGAUUGUACAGCCUCAAUUUGCAAAAUCACAGCUGGAAAAUCUCAUGGAUUGCAAAGUUACAGCAGUGCAGAAUCCACGGUCUGUGCGGUCCUUAUGGUAUGUGCACAUAUACACCAGAGCCCAUAUGUGUGUGCCCGCCUGGUUUUGAAAGAGUGGAUUUAAAUGAUUGGUUCAAAGGAUGCCGACCGCUCAAGAAGCUCUCUUGCGGUGCAAAUCGUUCGCAGAUUAUUAAGCUUCCGUUGGCAGAUUAUUAUGGUUAUGAUUAUUUCAAAAGAGAUGGUAUGUCAAUACUGGAGUGCGAAAAAUUCUGCAUGGAUGAUUGCAAUUGUUUAGGGUUUAGCUACAGAAACAGCGGCACAGGUACUUGCUAUCCGAAGUAUUUACUUAUUAGUGGAUUUCAAUCCCCAGAGGCUGGAAAUGACAUGUAUAUUAAAAUAUCCAUUGAUGAAUCUUCAGUGACCAAUAUCUCAUCUCUGCCGAAGUUACUGCAUUCUGACUCGGGCUCACCGCAAUGUUCGCUGCAGUUGGAAUCCCUAGUACAACCACAAAAUAUUUCGUGUACAGUUGGAAAGAAGGGGCAAACAAGUCAGCUGACCAUUGCUCUGGUCUCUUUUGUUGCUGCUCUUGGGUUCACAGAAAUUGUUUGCAUAGCUUUGGGACGAUGGUUUUUCAUUAAAGCUUUUCACGAGGCCGAUGUCUAUAAUCGACAAGGCUACUUCGCCGUUCCUGGAGGGCUCAAAAGGUUUAAGUUUUCAGAACUUAGUAGAGCGACGGAAAAUUUCAGAGAGAGUGUUGGAAAGGGUCGAUUUGGGAGUGUGUUCAAGGGCCUUCUCCUCGCCGAAAACAAAGUGGUUGCAGUGAAGCGAUUGGAAAGAGUGUCUCAAGGAGAAGAUGAGUUCUGGGCAGACUUAAGAACGGUUGGCCGCGUCAAUCACAUAAAUCUGGUUAGAAUGUUUGGAUACUGUGUAGAGGCAAAGCACAGACUGUUGGUUUAUGAGUAUGUUGAGAAUGGUUCGCUGGACAGAUAUUUGUUUACCCAAGACAGCUCAAGAGUCUUAGAUUGGAACACAAGAUUGCAAAUUGCAGUGGGCACGGCGAAAGGGUUGGCUUAUCUGCACGAGGAAUGCCUGGAACGGGUUUUCCACUGCGACAUCAAACCAGAGAAUAUUCUUCUGGACCAGCAGUUUCGUGCGAAAAUAUCAGACUUUGGAGUGGCAAAGCUGGCUGGCAGUGGGCAUGUAAAUAGCGGUCUCGCCUUCUCUACCAUACGAGGGACAAGAGGGUACCUGGCGCCGGAGUGGACGAUGAACCUUCCUAUCACAGCAAAGGCAGACGUUUACAGUUUCGGGAUUCUUCUCUUGGAAUUAGUUAGCGGGCAGAAGGCUGCGCAGUUUAAUCUGUCAGGAAAUAAUUUUGUGCAAUGGGCUUUCGACAAUGUUAAAGAUAAGAAAUGGACAGAGAACAUGGUAGAUCCAAAAUUAGGAACGAGGGAUGUGGAGUGGAAAUCAAUGGUGGAAAUGGAGAGGGUGUUGAAAAUAGCGUUGCUGUGCAUUGAGCAGGACAAUGAUGAGAGGCCUUCCAUGAGCCAGGUCGUUGAGAUGUUAAAUCCGGCAGUAGAAGAAGGCGAUGGGAAAGAGAUUGAAAUGUCCCAAAUAUUUAGGCAGACGGGUCAAUUAUCGUAUUAUGAAUCGACCCCUUCAGAUGCAUCAACAUCCCAAAUUUCUCCCUUGUCAGUUGCUUAUGAGUAA